AUUGAUUUGGCGAAAGCCGGAUGGCAAUAUUACGUACAACACUUUGCAGUGAGUCGCAAAAAUAAAUGAUAAUUAUUGAAAAGAAUCGUCGAUGGAACCGAAGAAAGAAAAUAAGACAGAAACAUAAGUUAAGCUUAAUGCAGCUAAAGUUGAUAUCUCGAAAAUUAAAGCAACUAAAUGAAAAGAAAUUACUCAGUUACCCUGAUAAAAAAAUUCAAGGUCAUUAAAAUCAGCGAAGUGAAUUAUUCUCAGUAAUUAUCGGCCAAUUUAGCAAGCCUUAAAUCAAAAAUACUUUUAUAUCGACUUUUUUCGACAAAGUAUGAUAACAGUACAUAAUAACAUAUAAUAAUAAUUAAUGUACAGGGUGAUCUAAUAAGAAUUGAAUACGUUGUCUUUGGAGAUAUAAAAAAAUUUUAUCAACAAAAAUCAUGCAGCAUAGAAAGGGUUAUAAUAUACUAAUAACAAUGUUUUUGUAGUUGGUAGAGUUUCAGAGAUUUCAAGAUCGGCACAUCCACUUUUUUUAAGGAUCACACUAUGGCCACAAAGUAUAUUAUGGGCAUCGUGUGCAAAUAAUAGAACUCCGUUUACUUAAACCAAAAAUGUCACUCAAUAUCCGGUAUGAGUUCUUACUCUGAGUCGAAUCCAUUUUUCUAAAUCUAAUAUUUCUAUUAUAUGAACUUCAUUUGUAUAAACUAUUUCUCCCCCGACGAGUUCAUAUAAUCAAAAUCCUACUGUACGCCACAGCAGAUAAAUAAAGAUUUAUCCUUUGAAGGAUUAAAGCGAUACUUGUCGCGGGCCAUUCUUCUCUUUCGUCGAUCAGAGGUCUUGUAAGAAGCUUCAUGACCGAUCAAAUUGCAGUAGAAAAUUCACCUCGCAGGAUAGUUAGAAAGAAGUCACGUGAUCUAGGAAAUGAGAAAAGUUUGACCAGAAUCCCAGUCAGAACUCGU